AUGUCUUUCCCCGUCCGCUUGCUGAAUACCAAAACAUACCAACUCUUCAAGAGCGACCAUCCAGAAGUAAUCAAGGACCCACGCUAUGCGAUCCUCUCGCAUCGCUGGUUGCCCGGUGAAAUCAGGCUCCAAGACCUCGACCCAACCGUCUUUCUCGAUACAAAUCAACCCCAGUCAGACGCGGUGAACAAGAUCCGAGGGUCCUGCCAACAAGCCACAGCGCUUCCCUCGCCGCUCAACUGGCUCUGGGCAGAUACUCUCUGUAUUGACAAGACCAACCAGGUUGAGGAGACACGGUCAAUCAAUGCCAUGUUUGACUGGUAUCGGAACGCUGAGGUCUGUUUUACGUUUCUCCACGAUAUCGUAUAUCCCCCUCAACCGGGGACUUCGAUCUUCAAGCGGCAACCGAAAGCAAAUGGCGAGGAGAGCAAUGAGCUGGGAGGAGUCGAGUCAGAAUGGUUCGAACGAGGCUGGACGCUCCAGGAACUUCUUGCGCCGGAACGCAUGGAGUUCUACGAUCAGAACUGGAGAUUCAUGGGUGAAAGGAACUCCCUGGCACCAGAGAUCGAGCGAGUUACCGGUAUUUCAUCCCACUAUCUAAACGGCCCGCGUAACUUGCCCGAGGCCAGCGUUGCCACCAAGUUCAGCUGGAUGGCGGGCAGAGUCACCGGGCAAGUCGAAGACAUAGCUUACAGCAUGAUCGGACUCUUGGAUAUCAACAUGAUGCCACAGUAUGGAGAAGGUCGACGAGCGUUCAUGAGACUGCAGCGGACGCUAAUAGAAACGGUCCCGGACGAGUCCAUCUUCGCGUGGACAACACCUCGGAACGGUCUACAGUGCUUCCGCCGUCCCGGUUCUCACGCUUCUGCGAUACCACAGUGGAGACCACAGGAAGAUCGCUGGAGACUCCUGGCACCUUCACCAGACUGCUUCAAGGACUCGCGAGAUGUCGUCGUUAUCAGAAGCUUGAUCGUGCAUCGGCCGGGGAGUGGAUAUACAAACGCACCGGAAGACAUCCAUCUGGACCUUGCAUUCGCCGCAGGCAAUAGCAAGUGGGGCCGCGGCCGCAAAAGUAAAAUUGACUGUCCGCUGAACUGCUGGAUGUACAACGAGAAAGGGCGGCCGGAAACGGUGGUGCUCAAAUUACGAUCUGGGGAAGACAGUUGGGGCGAGGCCGCAUAA